CCGCGGCUGCUCCUCCCCGCUGCCGCAGCGAACGUGGCAGGUCCCCAGGAGGAAGAGGAGGAGGAGAGAGGAGGUGGUUGCUGUUGCGGCUGCCGCUGAAGCCGCCGCCUCUCCGGUCCCGCCUCCCGCCAUUUUGAGUCCCCGGAGCCGGGAGAGCGAAGAAGAGCUUCCCCCUUGGGCGGGCUGUGGGAGGCCGCGGCGGCGACCCCUUUCCUCCCUACCCGCCAGCGCUUCAGUGAGGCGAGGAAAAAGGGGCUGGCGGGCGGAAGCGUACGCGUGAGGGUCUGAGGUGCUUUUACUCUUAGCUCUGUGUUGCUGAAGGAAAAUGAUGGAAGAGAGUGGGAUAGAGACUACUCCACCUGGAACGCCCCCACUGAGCACAGCGGGGGCGGGGCCUGCACCCACCACCACUGCCCCAGUCUCAUUAGCCUUAACUCCUUCCCUCCCUCCUCCCUCCUCUUUUCCUCCUUCCCAAGCACCAUUUUCCUCACCUUUGCCAUCUGCAGUCUCCUCUGUUCCAUCCAUGACGACAUCCCCGGUGCCUUUGCCUUUCGUGCCUCCCAUGGCCCUUUCAGCGGGAGCCUCCCUUGGGACCUCGAGGCCACCCAUGAUGACACCGCCAGUCGCCUCGUCCCCUUUCAGCAGCCCCUGUCCCCAGUUCUCGUCCCCUCCACCCCUGAGUUCAACUCCUGGCCCUGUGCUUUCUGCCCCUCCCACUGGUCCUCCCAUAUCAGGGUUUUCUAUGGCAUCGACCCACGACAUCACCAAAGGCCAUGCGGGACGAGCACCACAGACGCCCCUGAUGCCCUCGUUUUCUGCACCUUCAGUUACUGGUGUCUUCACCGGCCCGGCAUCACAGCAGCCCUGUGGGCCACCCCCACUAGCCCCUGGCUUUGGAGCAGGCUCUUCAAUUACUUUCCCAGAGGAACACGAAGACCCCCGGGGAGCUGUUGUGCAGAGUGACGCAUCUGCUGGAGGAGGACUAUGGGGCUUUAUCAAAGGUGUGGCGGGGAAUCCUGUGGUGAAGUCCGUGCUGGAUAAAACCAAGCACUCAGUGGAGACAAUGAUCACGACUCUGGAUCCUGGCAUGGCUCCCUAUAUCAAAUCUGGGGGAGAACUGGACAUUGUUGUCACUUCUACUAAAGAAGUCAAGGUUGCUGCUGUAAGAGAAGCUUUUCAGGAAGUGUUUGGAAUGGCCACAGUUACAGGAGAAGCUGGGCAGUCCAACAUUGCGCCACAGCCAGUUGGCUACGCAGCUGGAUUGAAGGCGACUCAAGAAAGGAUUGACAGCUUGCGCAGGACAGGAGUCAUUCAUGAGAAGCAGCCUGCCGUGUCUGUGGAAAAUUUCAUUGCGGAAUUGCUUCCUGACAAGUGGUUUGAUAUUGGCUGCCUAAUUAUCGAGGAUCCCAUCCACGGCAUUCACCUCGAAACAUUUACACAAGCAACGCCAGUGCCUUUGGAAUAUGUACAACAGGCUCAAAGUCUAACUCCUCAGGAUUAUAACCUAAGAUGGUCAGGUUUGUUGGUGACAGUGGGGGAAGUGAUAGAGAAGCAAUUACUGCACGUCAACAGAACGGAUUGGCACUCUGCAUUCACCGGCAUGUCCCGUCGACAGAUGAUCUACAGCACAGCCAAAGCUAUUGCAGGGAUGUACAAGCAGCGUUUACCACCCAGGAGCAUUUGAGAGGAAACGGACUCUGAAAAUGACGCAUUCCUUAAAAACUGGUGUUGAAAAGAAAUGGUUGCAUCUGUUCCAUGGCCCUCUGUUGACGCCCCUCAGUUUUGUAAUCUACAUAUAAAAUGUAAUUUUGUUUUAAAAGUGGUACUCUUUGGAUAAUGGAAAUGAGGCAUUCUUAGUCACAUAAUAAAAUGGCUCCCAGAACCAGUAGGCAUAUUUAUAGAGCAAGGUCAGAAAGCAUUAAAAUGUAUUUCAUUUCAAACACUAAAUCAGGGAUGGGAAUCCUGAUGCUGUUGGACUCCAAACUCCCAUCAGCCCCGGCAGACAGCAUGGCCAGUAGUCAGGGAUGAUGGGAGUUGCAGUCCAGAAACAACCGGAGGCCCCUCUCCAACAUGUCCCCCACCCUUGAACCAAAUGGGUGUUUGACAGACAUUUUGGACUUUAUUUAAGAGGCAUGUUAGUCAUUCACAGCACCUAGGAUAGGUUUGAAAUCCAAGGCCAGAGUCACUGGCAUAUGUGUUGCAGGUGUGGUCAGAUUUGGUUAGGGUUUCAAAGAGGAAGCUGUUUAUAAAGUUCCUCUUUGCAGUCAUCCUCCUUAACACCAGGGGGUCAAGAAGCAGACAAAAGAAACCUAUUUUCUUGGUUAUAUUUCACAGCAAAGAAAAAUAUUAGAAAUCACCUAGCUAAGUGCCUUUUGCUGCAUAAAUAGGUACAAGGCUGCUAUCGGUUAACUUUUACAAUGCAUCUUAAGCUAUGGGCCAUUACUGAGCAAUUUGUUUACCUCCAUCGCAAAUGCUGCCCCAGAUUGUAUGCUCAAAAUUGUGCAUAUUUAUAAACUGCACAGAGUAUUUUGAUAACUUUUUUUUUAAAAAAACACUCUUUCUGCCUUAAAAUAAAAGUUUCUCAAUUUCUACUUAGUCUUUAUCUUUUGUAGAUGCUUUCAAAAGACACUUUUAUAUAGACUAGUUAGCUAGUUUAUUAUAUUUUUAUCCAGCGAAAAAUCUGUAGUUUUUCCAGUUAAUAUAUUUUGGCUUGCCAUGUAAAAUCAGAAUUAGAUGUUGCUCCUGUAGGAUUUUAAUUAUUCUUCUUCAAAAGGUUUUAAUACUUCAUUCAUCACUGGACCUUUCCAAAAGCAUGAGUAUGGCCAUGGUUUGAUUCUGACAGAACAAAGUGUUUUUGGUGAGUUAGUGGGUAUAUAGGGAGAGAAAAUCUUGCUAUAUUUAUUUUGUGUUAUCAAUGCAACAGGGAAAACUCAACUAGAGAGAGAAUGAGUACAUCUUUUUCUUCACAAGCACCAAAAGUUCCAUUCUUUAUGUACCCUCUUGGAAAAUCUUAUGAGGGAUGUAUAAAAGCAUUAAAUGUUUCAUGUUCAA